CUUUUGUUCCUUUUACUUUUUGUUCCCUCUUACCUUCCUUCCUACUAGCCUUCAUUUUACUUGUGGUUUCUUCUUACCUUGUUUCCCACUUUCCGUCCUUUCACUUUUUUUUUUACCCCUUACCUUUUACCUUUUUUCCUUCCUUUUAUUUAUUGUUGCUUCUUCCCUUCCUUUAUUUGUUUCCUGUCCCCUUCCUUAUGACCUUAUUCUUCUCUGAUCCUCUGUGUCGUUACAGAUAAUGCACUGUAUGUCCGCUGUAUAUUUGUUUUACCUGUUCCUGCGUUACCCUUUUCUUUUGUCUGCCUUGCCUAUAUAAAGGUCAGAGGUCAGCCCCAGAACAUUAACCUACAAACACACUUUCUGUUUUUAACGUGUGUUCCAGAGGAGGUUUCCGUGGUGCGGAGAUGUUCCUGCUGGCUCAAACAAACCCCGGAUGCGAACCAAAGCUUGUCCUAAUUGUCUCUGGCAGUAUAGAUUGAGCUUCCAUCUGUAAGCCUCUUACAGUAAUACACCUGCUGCUGAGACGACACCACGGCUGAGCAGCGCAGGACGAACACUCCUCCACAUACAGCUCCCAAAUAUGACUUUCCGGCCGACAUGUUGCUCUGAGAACAUGGUUUUGUGAUUUUCAGGAAAGGAUCCAGAGGUGUGUCCGAGAUGCUGUGUGGAGAUGUGGUGGCCAUGUGGGAGGUGGCUCUGAGCGACGGCGUUUACAGGAUUGAGUUUGCUCAUGGCACCACCACCGGGAAACGCAUUGUUUACAUCAACGGACAGGAAGUCAUCAGAAAAGACUGGCUGUUCAAGCUGGUUGGAAAGGAAACCUUCACCGUGGGAAGCGCCCACACCAAAGCCACCAUAAUCAUCGAGGCCAUCAGCGGAUUUGCCUACGAGUACACGCUGGAGAUUGACGGGAAGAGCCUGCAGAAGUUCAUCAGUGACCGGGCCCAGACCACCAAAACCUGGCUGCUCAAAGUGGACGGACAGGACUGCAGGGUCGUACUCGAAAAGGACACGAUGGAUGUUUGGUGCAACGGGCAGAAAAUGGACACGAUGGGAGAGUUCGUAGACGACGGCACAGAGACGCACUUCAUGGUGGGGGAACACGAGUGCUGCAUCAAGGCUACGAGCGGUGGGAAGAAAAAGAGCGGCAUUGUGCACUGUUUACUGCUGGACGGGGACAAAAUACCAGCUUCAACACAAUAAUGCCGGAGCAGACUGUUGGAACAGAGUAUAACUUUCAAAGAGACUCUGUGAAUGAAGUAUUUGGAUGCCAUGUAUAAAUACCAAGCAGAUACUACACUGGCUGUGCUUUGUGAUGGAGGAUCAGGACUUUUUGUGUUUGAGUUGGUUUUGACUGCACAUUUAGAAAAUACACGCGCAAAUAUGUUCAUUUAAAUAUAGCAAAUAAACACUGAACUGUAUCUUUU